UAUGAUUGUACAGUGAAUUUGAUAGUAAAAAUGAGGUGGCUCGUGCCGUGCAUAUUAUUUAUUACUUCCAUUGUUGCGUCACAUUGUUAUGUCAUCACCGUGGACGCCCAUGCCGAGGAAUGUUUCUUCGAUAAAGUCGAAUUCGGCACCAAGAUGGGCCUCACAUUUGAGAUCGCAGAAGGUGGAUUCCUAGAUAUAGAUGUAAAGAUAGUUGGUCCUGAUGGUAAAAAGAUUUAUGAAGGUGAACAAGAGAGCAGUGGGAAAUAUACAUUUGCUGCACAUACUCCUGGUGUUUACACGUAUUGCUUCAGCAAUCAAAAGAGUUCAAUGACACCCAAGGUGGUGAUGUUCAAUAUGGACAUUGGUGAGAACCGAAAACCAAAUGAAGAAACCGCUGGUGCAGAGGGACAAGAUGCAGAUGGUAAUCAUGGAAAACUAGAUGAUAUGAUCAAAGAUCUGAGCACCAGUUUGUGGGGUGUAAAGAACGAACAAGAAUAUAUGCAGGUUCGCGAUCGAAAUCACAGAGCGAUCAAUGAGAGUACAAAUUUCCGAGUUGUGGUAUGGUCGUUUUUCGAAGCCAUGGUUCUGGUCCUAGUGACGAUAGGACAGAUCUUCUACUUGAAACGAUUCUUCGAGGUACGAAGAAUUGUGUAACCUAGGAUAUCUAAUGACACUCAACUGAAUCAAUUUUCUAUGUAAUUAAAUCAUGUCUAAUUAUACAUUGUAUCAUUUUUGCGGCAAACAUUCUUCACCUUCUCCAAGUGCAAUCGAAAUUCUGUCAUUAGUCAUUAAGCGACGAUGUUUCCUCUAUAAAUCCGUAAGAUUUCUAAUAAACAAAGAAUUUGUAACAGUA